CUCCCCCGGGAGUGGGGGCGCGAACCCUGUGCUUCGCGGUGUCCCUGUUCCCCACGACUCGGACUCCGCACAAGGGUGUUCACGUAGUAGGACCUUUACCCGUGGUGCAGUGAGCUGAGUGAGAUGACGUUUCUCUGGUCCUGCUUCGGAAAAACGAGCCGCUUUAUUUUAUUUAAGAUGUCCGUGAAGGCAAGCUCUGUUCUCUCGGAAGUGGCUUCUCCUUUAUGUUUAUUUGCACGUGAGACACCCGAAGGCAUUUGCUGCAGAACUCUUUGCAGGAGAAGGCCUUGGAGAGAAGGUGUAGGAAGCAUUGGAACAUUGCUGAGGAAAGUGAGCCAUCCACUUAACCAAACCAAAGCAGAAAUGCCAGCUUAUUUAUAGGAAUUGCUUAUAGCCAGAGUCAUGGUGGAUGUAGGGAAAUGGCCAAUCUUCACUCUGCUCUCACCUCAAGAAAUUGCAUCUAUUCGGAAAGCAUGUGUCUUUGGCACUUCAGCAAACGAAGCCCUGUAUGUUACUGACAAUGAUGAGGUCUUUGUAUUUGGAUUGAACUAUAGUAACUGUCUAGGAACUGGAGAUAACCAGAGUACUCUUGUCCCUAAAAAGCUAGAAGCUUUCUGUGGAAAGAAGAUUAAAAGCCUUAGUUAUGGGAGUGGACCACAUGUUCUUAUCAGCACCGAAGAUGGAGUUGUUUACGCGUGGGGCCACAAUGGAUAUAGCCAACUUGGGAAUGGGACGACCAACCAAGGCACUGUUCCCGUUCAAGUCUGCACCAAUCUCUUGAUCAAGCAAGUGGUUGAAGUGGCUUGUGGCUCACAUCAUUCAAUGGCCCUGGCAUCUGAUGGAGAGGUAUUUGCUUGGGGAUAUAACAACUGUGGCCAGGUGGGAUCAGGAUCUACAGCAAAUCAACCAACUCCUCGAAAAGUUACAAACUGUUUACAUAUUAAGAGGGUAGUUGGCAUUGCUUGUGGUCAGACGUCGUCCAUGGCUGUUCUGGACAAUGGUGAGGUAUAUGGCUGGGGUUACAAUGGCAAUGGUCAGCUUGGCUUGGGAAACAAUGGCAAUCAGCUGACCCCUAUAAGAGUGGCGGCUUUGCACCGCGUGUGUGUGAACCAGAUUGUCUGCGGCUAUGCACACACUCUCGCACUAACAGAUGAGGGCUUGCUCUAUGCCUGGGGAGCUAACACGUAUGGGCAGCUGGGAACUGGCAAUAAAAAUAACCUGCUAAGCCCAGCACAAAUCAUGGUGGAGAAAGAAAGGGUAGUAGAGAUUGCAGCCUGCCACUCUGCCCACACCUCUGCUGCCAAGACCCAGGGUGGGCACGUGUACAUGUGGGGCCAGUGCCGGGGCCAGUCGGUGAUCCUGCCGCACCUCACCCACUUCUCCUGCACCGACGACGUGUUUGCCUGUGUUGCCACCCCCGCCGUCUCGUGGCGCCUCCUGUCUGUGGAGCAUGAAGACUUUAUAACAGUUGCAGAGUCACUAAAGAAAGAGUUUGAUAGCCCAGAAACUGCUGACCUGAAAUUUCGAAUUGAUGGGAAAUAUAUUCAUGUCCAUAAAGCUGUCUUGAAAAUCAGGUGUGAGCACUUUCGAUCUAUGUUCCAGUCUUACUGGAAUGAAGACAUGAAGGAAGUAAUAGAAAUAGACCAGUUCUCCUACCCAGUGUACCGUGCCUUCCUCCAGUAUCUCUACACGGAUUCUGUUGACCUGCCGCCCGAAGAUGCUAUAGGUCUUUUGGAUUUGGCCACGUCUUACUGUGAAAACAGACUGAAGAAACUUUGUCAGCAUAUAAUCAAGCGAGGGAUCACUGUGGAGAAUGCCUUUUCAUUGUUCUCUGCUGCGGUCAGAUAUGAUGCAGAGGAUUUAGAAGAAUUCUGCUUUAAGUUUUGCAUCAAUCAUUUGACAGAAGUUACACAGACUGCAGCAUUUUGGCAAAUGGAUGGCCCUCUGCUAAAGGAAUUCAUUGCUAAAGCCAGUAGAUGUGGAGCCUUUAAGAACUGAAGCCCAAGGCUGCUGGGUUUUGUGUGAGUGUUCUGGGGCACGGGUGAUGGCGUAUCGUUUGUGCUCUGUGGGCAUUGUAAUUCUGCAGGUAAAAACCCAUCAGGUGGUUUUUCUCCACAUCUGAGACACCGUUCUCUGUGUAGGAAUAUAUGAAGGAUGUACGGCUUUCCCAGAACCCAUUUUAAACAACACUUGUUUCCAGAUGUGUGUAUUUUAAAUGUGAUCUUACAUUUGGCUGGAACAUUGUAAAAGGGUGAAAGUUCAGCUGGUUGUUUUUUGUUUUUGCUUGGAGGAACGUCUGAACUUGGAAAGGGGAAGUAUGUGGCAAAUCUCCUGGCUCUCAUAUCAACAGCCCUUUUGAUACUGGGAGUUGGGAUAGUGUGUGAAUUGUGAGAUAGAGAGGCCCUACUUCGAAUUAAAGCCCCUGACUUUAAUUGGGGUUGUUGAAGUGUUGCAUUAGUUGCUGGUAUAGCAGCUUUACUGUGAAGGAAUAAGUAUGGUCACUGGAGGCUUUUGUUUGUGAGUUUGCACUACUGAUGACUUUUUUUUAACCUCAAGGUAUAUCAAAAUAAAUAUUCAGUUUAAUAUGAGUUAAACCUAUUGAAAUGAUAAUUAUGUUAAGGUGCAUUUCUGGGUUAGUCAAAAUGUCUCUUAAGACUUAAGCACAUAAAACAUACUAAUUUAGAACUAUCUGUGAAAAGUUGAUAAACUUUCUUUGGAUAGAAGUGACUGUUUUAUAAAUUAAAUUAGACUCUGCAAUACUAUCUAAUUGUGGUUUGUUAAAUUAAGAUGAAAUUCAAGAACUCAAGUUUAAAUUUCCCCUCUUCUCCCUAUAAAUGCUAACAUAAGAGGAAAAUAACGACACAUUCAAUAUAUUCUUGCCUUCUAAAUUAUGGCUGCUAGGUCAUCAGAUGUGCUACAUCUGACUCAAAGAAGUAGUUCUUUGGAAACCCACUGUCUUACAGGUUGUAAUGGGAUUUGUUCUAUCUUUAGGCCAAAUAUCAUCACAAAUUUGCUUAUUUGAAACUUUAUCGGUUUUCACUUUUGAUAUUCCUCUCCUUUUAAUUGUACUAGGUCUAAUAUUAAGUGCAAUUUAAUUUUUAAAAAGGAUCAAAUGAUGGUUUUUCUGAAAAGUUUCCAUUUGAAAGGAACUUUUCAUUUGUGGUGUUUUGUGUGUCCUCUGAGCUUGCUUUAAGAACAAAGCUUUCCUCUGUUCUUCAUCUACGGACUUAUUUCCAUUCAUGGGCGCUCCUUUACUGAAGUCUGUUUCCUGCUUGGAACAGCCUCCUAUCUGAACUCAGAGCCUAAAUAUCUUUUUAGAGUGGAACUAACAAGACUGCGAAGAGAUGCUGCAGCUACUGUUUUUAGUGAUGUUUUUGAGUGUGUGUUGGGGGAGGGGGUGAUGGAUGAAAGAUAGGAAUUCAUUGAUAGGUGAAAUAAAUAACAAACCUAGAAGCCCAGCUCCCCCCUCCCCAUUUUUUUUUUUAAAUUAUAUUGCAAGUGAUUGAAGCCCAGUGAAUUAUUAGGUUAGAAUUAGUUCUGCAACGUACGAAUUUUCUUAGGUUGGUAAAUGCACAUUAACUUAGUUAUUAAUUAUGAUGGAUAAUGUUUGUAAUAAUCACUGUUCUGUAGGCUUAUGAUUAGGACAAAAGAAGAAUUUCAGUAUGUUUACUAUUGCUCUUACUUGAAAAAGAAAAUUCCCCCCAAAAGCACAAACUAAAGUAUAUAUAUCCAUUUCCAUAGGGAAUUCAUUCAACAAAUAUUUACUGAGUUCGUAAUACAAGUGAAGAAACACUUCUUAUGUUAGAUUACUGAGUAAUUUGUAUGAGUAUGUAUGUAGGAAGAGAAUAGAAAUGUCCUUCUAUUGAGUAUCUUUUAUUUUUAAUACUCUUAUUUUUUUACUUGGUUUUGUUGCUAGUCAUAGCAGGAGAUGAGAACUAUUCUUUGAGUUGCUUUUUUCACCUGGCGUAAUAAUGAAAGGCAAAGUAUUCAUAUUUCUUAAAUCAGCCCUUCAUCUACUCUUGAACUUCUUACUGGAAUAAUGUUUGAUACUCUAGAAUAUAGGCUGUAUUUAUGUAAUGUUUAGAAUGACACAUUAAUAAAUAAAAUAAUCUGUUAAAACAGGCAUACAGAGUUGUUCUUUUCCCCCUCAAAAAUCAGUAAUAUGCAGCCUGAAAAAGGAAGGAAAUUCUGACCCAUACUGCACCUGCAUGAUCCUGAAGACACUACGCUAAGUGAACUACUCUAGUCACAAAAGGUCAAAUACUCUGCAAUUCCCUUCUAUAAUGACCUAGGGUCAUCAGCUUUAUAGAGAUAGAAAGUAGAGUGGUGUGGGCUCCCUGGUGGCUUAGCGGGUUGAGCACAGCGCUGUGAAGCUGUCCGCAGCCUCUAGCAGCGCCAGUUCAAUUCCCAGUCGGCCAGGGAGAUUCCCACAUAGUGCCGCAGACCUCUCCUGUCGUGCCCGCUACAACCCUCAGCAGUGUAUUUCAGUCCUGCCUGUUCUGCUCCCUGCUCUGUCUCUGGUGAAUUCUCUCAGCCUCCCACGCCUCUGGCCUGUACCCCAGUGCUUGUAAAAAUAAAUAAAUCUUUAAAAAAAAAGGAAGAAUGGUAGUUGCCAGGGCUGGGGAGGAGGAGGGAAUGGAGAAUUAAUGUUGAACAGGUACAGAAUUCAUUUUGCAAGAUGAAGAGUAUUCUGUAGAUGGUUGGUGGAGAUGGUGGCACAAAUGUGAAUGUAAUUAAUGCAGUGAAACGGUACACUCAAACAUGGUCACUCUGUGAAAUUGUCAUAUUUUGCCACAGUUCUUAAAAAAUCAGUGCUAUGAUUUUUAAAGGACUUGGGCUAGAAAACAGGAACCACAAUGAAUAUGCUGUUCUUCAACAAACCCCGCCCUCCACCCCCCCACAUACACCCAAAGAAAUCCUUUAAUUUUAUUCCUCCUGAAAAAUAAUACAGCAGAAAAUAUAUCUGAAUUCUUUGGGGGUACUUAUAAAUAACAAAAAGAUACAAUUCCUACCCUUAAGGACUAAAUACAUUAUUAGGAGAGAAGAGAGCUAUGUUCAGGAAUUGACACAAUAAUAUAAACAGCUUUUCAUAAUAGUAAG